UUGGGUGAAAGUGAGUCGAAAUAAAAUCCCUGCCUGGGCGUCACGUAACGAUGGCGGACCAAGAAACUAAUGGUUAUAACGAUGAAGCAAGUGAUUUUAAGCGUAAAAGCAAUGCUGGCCUUCGCGAGAUCGACCCAGAGGAUGAUGGCGAAGAAGCGAGCAAACAGUCGGAAAAAGUGCAGGAGUACAUAAGGAACAUACUGAACGAACGAGUAGCUUUGGAUCGCAAGUAUCCCAUCGCUGAUCGGUUGUUGCAAAUGGAAGUUGAAAUCGCACAAAAAAAUGGUAAACCGCCCGCAAGACGGUACAUCGACAUUUACCGAGAAAAGCCCAUUAAGCUGCAGGUGAAGGUAAUCGUGCCGGUUAAAGAGCAUCCCAAAUUCAAUUUCGUCGGUAAACUGCUAGGCCCGAAAGGAAACUCGUUAAAACGCCUGCAGGAAGAAACGAUGUGCAAAAUGGCAAUACUGGGCCGAGGUUCGAUGAAAGAUCGCAAGAAAGAAGAGGAACUCCGGCUUGCAAUGGACCCCAAAUAUGCCCACCUCAAUGAUGAUUUGCACGUUGAAAUUAAUGCUUUAGGUCCGCCGGCAGAAGCACACGCGCGCAUUGCAUACGCACUAGCCGAGGUGCGCAAGUUUCUCAUUCCGGACAGUAACGAUUUCAUCCGACAAGAGCAAAUGCGUGAAAUCUUGGAAGAUCCGGAUUGUGAUCUGCCGGUGAAAAAAGCGUACAAAAGAUCGAUCACACCACAUACGACUGUUCAUGAUGGUCCACCAGUAUCCAGCUCACCAAUACCUGGGUCAUCACGGACGGUACCACCACAAAGAAAGAUAUUUUCAAUCCUGGACAAAGCACGUGUCGCGCUAGAAGACAGCCAUUUCUCACGAUCCACUAGCGUAAGAUAUGAAGAGCCACGGUAUGAACGUGAACAUUUCGAAUCAUCGUACCACUACCAUCAACCACCUCCACCUCGACCAAAGUAUGAGAGCAAUAAUUAUAAUGAUGAUUAUCGAAGAGAUUACUACCGCGAUUCCAGUUCUUACUCCGAAUCACUGUCAGCUCCUUCGAAACCGAACACCACAUCGAUGAGCAGUCGAUCGUGGAAAUCGUCAACGUACAGUGGAAGUUCAACGCGAGAGCAAACCGAUCUAAAACAUCACGCCACACGGGAUCUGCAUUCGUAUCGCCAUACACCCUACACCCGACAGUCGAAAUAGAAUCGCGCACUACCGUCAGCACCUUUAACGGUCAAUUUCUGUUCACUUAUAUUUUUCGUUACUACAAAAACUGAAGCGAUGUUUUGUAAAGAUUAAACAUUUAAUGUUUUAAUUAUGAGAAUCGGUCUCAUAGAGCAGUUAGUAAUGCUCGGCGUUGAAUUCCAAUCUUUGUUGCAAUUUAGACAACUAAAUCUUAAGCAUGCAACCAUCAUUUAAUCAGAAGUAGCCGGUCUCUUACCUUGCUACUUGCUUGUUUUAAAAAAUCUGAUGCCAAAUACGCAUAAGAAGGUUCAGAAUUGUUCUUGAAUGAAUUGAAAUAAGGAGUAAAAUAUUUGUAUGUGCUGAAUUUCGUCGCAAUAGAAUGAUUUUCUUUGGAAUUUUAUAGAUUAUUUAUGUAACUUAAUCAAACGAUCAUUACGCGAUAAACUUGAUUUAAGAGAAAACUGUCCACAAUCACAAAACUUCCACAAUAUAUAAAAAUUUUACUGAACAGCUUAUCAGGCACGCAAUAACUAUACAACAAUGUACCAGAAUAAUAUAUCCUUAUAUUUCGAAAUGUAAUAAGUAAUAUGAUCAAACUGAUAAACAACCACAAACUUAAUCAUAAACAACUAUAAUAGAAAAAAAAUAAUCAAAGAUGUUGUGUGAAGGACCGAAAGUAAUUGUAAAAUUAUGUAAAACAUAUAGUGUGAAAAUUGUAAUACGAGCGAGAACAAAAGUAAUAACAAACAAAACAUAAACUGUCAAAAAUUAUAAUAGCUUAAUAGUACAAAAUAUAAAUCACCAAAAAACAAGCGUA